UCGCCGAACGACGUUGGCUGAUGUUUGCACCGAGACUUGGGAUAUCACGAAAAGCCCCGGCUAGAGAUAUCCGCCUUAGUUCAAAGAAGCUUUGCUAGGCGAACAAGGUCAGCAGAGGCACUACGACCUUAUCAACCAUCACAAAGCUUUUUCGCUUCCCUUGUCAGUCUCGCUAGGAAAUCGCCGAGCAAAGGAUGGCCGGACCACGGGGUCGGCGAUGGCGGAUUGUGAUGAUGUAUGCCAAGACAAUUUGUCGAGCUCGCAUUGAAGGGCGGGUGCGCCGGCCCCUCCCAUCAUCAAUGAAGCCACCCUCCUGCAGAAGCAUGCCACCGACCAUUGAAAUUAGAGUCGGGUUGUCGAGAAUUUUCAUCACUGAUCUAAGGCAGGCACAGCAUGGCGGCGGCAUCUCUUUGGACGCCGACACCCCGUUCGAAGCGUGGGAAGCGUGGGGGAGGACGAUUGGGAUUCGGCCAACAGUUUUGUGUCACCCAUCCACCGCUGUUGAGUCCAUUUCAUGCAAAAGAGGUCUUUAUGUUAGGUGCGGAGAAAGACGAAAAGACAUACGCAACCUGCAAAUUCAGCCAUGGUCGAGGUCGCGUGUUUGUCAGAUGAGUGCGGUAAUGAACGCCUCCCAAGAAUACCUAGGGACUGGAAACCCCAACACGCAAGCCCCUGAGGAGGGAGGGUCAUCAUCCAUAGGAGCGGAGCGGAAUUCUAGCGGCGGCACGCAGCAGAAGAGCCAAUUUCCAUGGCAAGGGGGAUCUCCACGGAGUAAUCGACAAAUUGUGCGACCUCUGCGCUGGGUUUUUGUCUUUCUUUUCCCGCCGUUGAACACGAGGGAGGAAAAUGCCUGCAAGCGGUGGGCUGUGAACGGACCCGUCUCCACGAACUCAAGAAGGACAAGACGGUUCUGUCGGAUGUCGCGGAUGCAGACCGCUCCACCAUGUUGCCCGAUCCCCUGUCUGAUUGGUCGGCUGUCAGCUUACGGUGUCGUGUGCCUCGUCGCAUGCCCUCCGUCAUCUUCGAUCCCUCCGACGCCCACCUUCCCUCUAGCGGACGCGCGCCUGAUUGAUAACAGAGCCGCGUUCCCUAAGCGGACGUCGGAGCACAUGUUCCCCCUGAAGGGAGUACUAAGUACGCAGUCAAGGCAAAGCCGCAAAGGCAUGAAGCCGCAGCGAACCUCCAGAGAAGCUGGAGGGCACGGAAGGGGGAAACAAGGGAGAGUAUGAGGGAACGGACCUGAGCUUCGAAGCAUGACGGAAUAAUUGAAGCGCAGGAAGAAAGAGACUUUGUUUCGUGGUUGGACGUGCUUGACAGAACAAACUACCUACGUCAGGUAGCCAAGCUCGGAACAUGCAGAGCUAAGAGCAUAACCGCACCGCAACGGUGAGCUGCCAACAACUUGGAGGGAGCACGCGACAUUUCGUCUGUUGUCUUCUCUCUCACUCUGCUGCUCCCUACUGAGUCUACAGUCCUCGCUCUUGUCUCAUCCCAAGCCGUUGGCGACCGACAACACACCCAAGCUAGAGUCUGAAAGGACGUUCU